GAAUAUCUAUGGUGGUCAAUCUGUCAAAUUCAAACAAAUGUGUCUGAUUCCACUCCAGUAAAAUUCUUGAAAAUUUACUAAUGAAAACGUUGAUAUUCUCCAUAAUCAAUUAGUUUCCUUUGAAAAACACAUUUUGAGGCGAAAAACAACUGAAUCGCAUCCUCUGAGCGCGCGCAUGCCCCAACAUGGCGCUGUCAACCUCGUCUCUCCGUAGUCAAGGCGACACGGGCCCUAGCAACCGAGAAAACAAAUUAAAAUUCGUUGAAUCAAAAGUGUGUGUGCAAGAUAUUUUCGCGAAAAGUGGUAACCUCGCGCUCCACGGCAUUUUGCCGACCAACAAGUGCAAUUUCUAAUUAAACCGGACACUGUGCAAUCCAUUUUCCAAACUGGGGCGCCGGAAAGAGCCUUUUGAAUGUUUACACGGACGAACAUUUUUCUCCUCGGAUUUCAUGUUGAUUUCGCCUUCGUACAUGGCUGGAAAACACGUUCGACAUAAUGAAAAUAAUGUAUUUCACCAAUAGUUGAAAAGACGAGCCUAACGUGUAUUUAUAAACACAAAGCAUAACUGCGAAAAACUCAUUAUGAUACUUUUAGUAUAGAAUAGCCAAAAAUAUAUAUUUAUUCCAAAUAUUUUCUAGUCUUUAUCAAUUACAUUGUGUGCUAUAUUACGUAUAAUACUAAAUUGAAUUUAAAAGAAAAUAGCAUAAUUUUAUAAUAUCAUAAUUAACAACAAUGGCAACUAGACUUGCAACACAACGAAAUUUUGUUACCAUUACUCCUGCAAAUGCGAAUAACGAAACAAAUAACAAACACAACUCGACAAGCACAACCCCGGAAGAUGUGAUUACAAUUACGCCCGCAGAGUCGGCUGAUCAGAACACUAGUCAAAAUGAUAGCAUUCAAAUAUCACACAUAAUGUCUCAGAAAAAAAUUAUUCUGCAGACAGGUUCUUCAGGCGUCUCUGUUAUUGAUGUUGUUCCUAUCGAUGUAUCUGAUUCUAGUGAUGAAUCUCCUGUUACAGUGAAUACAAUAUCCGCUGGUGUCAAGUCAGGUGCUGGUGGUGUUUCUGAAGCGAGAGAUGACGCAACCUCUGGAACGCAGCAACAAGUUACCGCUCAGGUGGCAGUUGUAGAAUCUCAAAGUCCUGGCGAUUCCUCUGCAGGACCUCAUUAUAUAACGGUUACGGUUGCAUCACAAGAUAACCCCAGUGGUCACGACACAUAUCAAGUGCAGUACGUAGAUCCUGAAAUCUAUAAUGCGAAUAGCCAAAAUCAAGCGCAAAUAUCUUAUCCAUUUUGUGCUGUUAGCGAUUAUCCUCCAAACACGCAACCUUACUACGCAACAACCGGAAAUUAUACAGCAGCGACCAACACUCCAUCACACUCAUCAUCUUUACCUUAUAUCGUUCCUGUCGAUGACAAUCUGUUAGUUCCGUCAUCACAAUCACGUGAUUCACCGCAAAGCCUCACGGCGGAAGUAACUUAUAUACAGGGGAAUCAUAAUGCCCAACAGACGCCUACAUCUACUACUACUUCCAAUACUGAAAGUGAUAGCACUCCUAAUCUAUCGCACGCUACUCGGAUCUCUCCGGCGACGGUCGCCUGGCUGAUGGAGAACUACGAAACGGCUGAAGGAGUUAGUCUCCCAAGAUCUACUCUGUACAACCAUUACAUGCGUCAUUGCAACGAAAACAAACUGGAUGCAGUGAAUGCUGCUAGUUUUGGGAAAUUAAUUCGUUCAGUAUUCAAUGGCCUCCGGACUCGACGUUUGGGUACACGCGGUAAUUCUAAAUACCACUAUUAUGGCAUUCGCAUUAAGCCAGGUUCGUCACUUAUGCAUGCUAUUGAGGAAAAACCUCAAAAUAUUAAUAGUGCCCCAAGUAAUGGACCUAAUACUGGAAAUAGCAAAAAUAUGAAGAAAAUUGGAGCAAAGCCAGAAACUUUCGAGGCUUGUUUGCAAUACCUCGGAGUUGGAACCGCAGCCAUUCCAGUUUUCCCUAGCAUCAAUAUUGAUCAAUCUUUGCCCGAAGAUAUCACUCUGGAUGAUAUCGAUGCCUUCCGGUCUAUCUAUCGAGAACAUUGUGAACUGUUCCUAGACGCGAUUUUGAAUUUGGAAUUCAGCAGUGUUGAGUCUUUGUGGCGCGACUUUUGGCGAGCAAGUGAUAAUAAUAAUUUAGAUGAAAGCGAAGAAGAGAAGUAUUUGACCAAAUCAAAGUUGUAUGCAUUAUGCCAAAGUGACAGCGUCCAAAAUUUCAUCAAGGAAGUCGAUUACAAUUUCUACCAAAACAUGGUUGAUGUUCUCAUACCUGAUGUCCUACGUCCUAUUCCCAGUUCCCUCACACAAGCGAUUCGUAAUUUUGCGAAAAACCUAGAAAACUGGUUAACUGAUGCAAUGAGUGGAUGCCCACAAAAAGUAACCCAAAUAAAAAUUGCUGCCGUUUCGGCAUUUAGUCAAACAUUACGUCGGUAUACGUCCCUCAAUCACUUGGCACAAGCUGCUAGAGCUGUCUUACAAAAUAGUUCCCAAAUUGCACAAAUGCUCAACGAUUUAAAUCGAGUAGAUUUUAACAAUGUUCAGGAACAAGCUUCAUGGGUAUGCCAGUGUGAUACAGCAACUGUUCAGCGUUUGGAGAAUGACUUUAAAACGGCCCUGCAGCGUCAAAACACAUUGGAACAAUGGGCUGCAUGGCUACGACUGGUUGUUGAUUCAGCUUUAGAGGAAUAUCGUGGAAAGCCGACUUAUGCCAAAGCAGCUCGACAAUUUCUCCUUAAAUGGAGUUUCUACAGUUCAAUGGUCAUUCGGGAUUUAACUCUACGUUCAGCUGCUAGCUUUGGAAGCUUUCAUUUGAUACGAUUAUUAUAUGACGAAUAUAUGUUUUUCCUGGUAGAACAUAAGGUCGCUCAAGCUCGACAUACAACCCCAAUAGCUGUUAUGACCGAAGUCGACAAAGUGAGCUUUGACGAUUAACUUGGAAAUACAUCGGCGAAAGGAAAUUUUACGUGAAUAAUUUAUUAUAUUCACAUUAAUCAAAUGGAGUACUGAAAUCCUGACAUACUUUAUCCCAGUAGGGAAUACUAUAUUAAAAAAGAAAGGAAGCCGGACCAAGGAUUGACAAACUUAAUGAAUUUCACGACUUGAGCUUUUGCAAUCUUAAUUAUAAGUACGCACUGAUGCCAUUACAAGCUACAAAUUGUUUAGAUGUUUCUCAACUCCACUUGAAAGAUUCCCUGAGGUAAAGACUAUAGGUUUUCACUUGUUGUUUCAAAAUGCAGAAAAAUUUCCACUGCACUCCUGAACACUUUCCUAAUAACCCCCUAGCGAAAUUAAUUCCAACAUAAAUAGUUUCUAUUGACACAAACUUACAAAAAAUAGUUAAGGAGUGCUCUGCUCCCAAAGAAAUAUUUAAAAAUCGCACUCCGCACUCUUUUUCUUAAAGAAAACUACCAUUGCUAUAAAUUUGCUUGAAUAAUGACUUCUAUUCUGAGAAAAACUAAUAUAUUUAUAUUUAAACAUUCUAGUCUAGUGUACCAUCAAAUGUCAUUAGGAGUAAGAAAUAUAUAUGAUAAUUUUUAAAAUAUAUAUAAAUAAUUACCGCAAAAUGGUAAACAUAUAUCGUGGAAUAUAUUUUUAUAAAAAGGAGACGAGCAAGAAGCUGAAUAGCGAAAGUGACAUAAAUGUACAAAUUAAAGAAAAUGUAAUGCUGAAAACCAAAAACUAACUAUAACUUUGAAAAAGUUUAAAUGAAAUUGUGGAAAAACAUAUUUUCGAGUGAAAUAUAGAAGCAAAUCCCAUAUAGAUUUAAUUCUUGUCAAAAUGUCCAUUAUUGACGCUGAAAGAAAAUACGGCAAAAAUUUGAUUUGAGACUUUUAUUUUUUACCAAAUAUA